UUCCUCCUACCUCGCGCAAGCUCACAUCGUUCUAGAAUGCGGAUUUCGAAGCUAAUAAGAAUAGCUAGCUUGUAAGCUAAAAACAACGUUCUGGUUGUAAGGCUUUAAAUGGAUAAAAUGUCCAAAACACACCCACAACCCCCGUUAUCUUCGGCAGCGACGACAACCGGAGGCACCUCCUCGCCUUCCCCAUCUUCGCCUGCUGGGGGCUCGACAUCACCCGCAACCGUAUUGAACGUGCAGCCAGAGAAACCUCAACAUUACACAUAUCUGAAGGAAUUUAGGACAGAGCAGUGCCCCCUGUUUGUACAGCAUAAAUGUACACAACACAGGCCCUUUUCCUGUUUCCACUGGCACUUCCUGAACCAACGACGCCGCAGACCCAUCCGCAGACGGGACGGGACCUUCAACUACAGCCCAGAUGUUUACUGUACCAAAUAUGAUGAGGGAACAGGCACCUGUCCUGAUGGAGACGAAUGCCCGUUUCUACAUCGGACAGCAGGUGACACAGAGCGCAGAUACCACCUCCGCUACUAUAAGACGGGAUCAUGUAUCCAUGAAACAGAUGCAAAAGGCCACUGCAGCAAAAACGGCUCCCACUGUGCCUUUGCACACGGGUCACAUGACCUUCGCAGCCCUGUUUAUGAUAUCAGAGAAGUGCAGGUAAUGGAGUCUCAGGGGGGCCCUGGAGCCACAGAAGGAGGAGGGGGAGAUGGACAGUCAGGGCAGGCAGCAAGUACAGCCCUCAUAGAGAAGAUCCUCAGUGAAGAGCCACGCUGGCAAGAAAACAACUAUGUGCUGUCCCACUACAAGACAGAGCUCUGUAAAAAACCACCGCGUCUGUGCCGUCAGGGUUACGCCUGUCCUUACUACCAUAACAGCAAAGACCGGAGGCGAAGCCCGCACAAACACAAAUACAGAGCGUUGCCAUGUCCGGCUGUGAAACAGAGUGAAGAAUGGGGGGAUCCCAGUAAAUGUGAGGGAGCGGAGGGAUGCCAGUACUGCCACACAAGAACAGAACAACAGUUCCAUCCAGAGAUCUACAAAUCCACUAAGUGUAACGACAUGCAGCAGUGCGGCAGCUGCCCCAGAGGGCCCUUCUGUGCCUUUGCUCAUGUUGAAAAGCCCUUUGUUCCAGACGAACCAUCAUUCCCCACACCAGGCUCUCCUCCACCCCCCAGACCUCCAGACCCUCUUCCUGCCCAGGAAGCUUCGUCAAGCCCCAGCAGACACAGCAUGGGGCCUGGGCCCGGUUUGGGUGCACUUUCAGACCCCUUUUCCCCGUCUGCAGGGUCCUGUGUUCAGGAGCAGGGACUUCUUGGUAGCGUUUUAUCUCUGUGUGAAGACGUGAGCGGAGGAGCGGAGCCUCUGUCUCCGUGGGCAGUAGAGGGAGGGUACUGCAGAGCGCCCGGCUUUGAGAGGGAGGAUCAGGCAAAGCAAAGGAGUUUUGCUCUUGAGCAACGAAACAGAGAAUUGUCAUCAACACAAAGCAAACAGGACCUGUUAGUGUUUCUUCCUGUGGGCAGCCCAUUGAGUCUGUCCUCCAGUAUCCCAUCCAGUCUUGCUGCCACGCCGCCUAGUCCCGCCCCUCUUGGACUCCAUGGAUCCAGCAUCUCGUCAGGCAUGAAUGCUAACGCCCUGCCCUUCUACCCCACCAGUGAGACGGUAGAGUCAGUUGUUGAGUCGGCGUUGGAUGAUCUCGACCUGAAUGAUUUUGGUGUGUCAGCGUUGGAGAAGAGCUUGGAGAGCAGCUCGACGCUCCCCGGUGUGGGAGUAGUUCUCGGAGGUAGCCAGUUUCAGAGUUCAGCCCCUGUCAACAUCCCAGGAUCCUUUAGCAGCUCUGCUCCUUUUAGCUCCCCUUCACCGUCUCCGCCUAUCAGGCCACAGCCUUCACCAUUCUUUUCUACUCACCUGCCUCAACCUGGUCAAUCAGAAAACACCUUUUUGGGACCAUCUCAUAGCUCUUUAGGUCUGAAUGGUAUGAGCACCAAUAUCUGGGAACAUUUUCCAUCAGGCCAAGGUUCCCCUGGUACACCCCCUACCCUGCUGCCCUCUGGUUCCUGUGCAGAGUCUUCCAGGCUCAAACAGGAGCUGGAGGAAGCCCACAGGGCACUGAAGCAGUGGGGUCACAGCUGGAGACACACAGCUCAGUCGUGGGCUGCGCUGAAAGCAGAUGCAGAGGAGUCCCGUGCCCAUGCUGCACGGUUAGCCAUGGAAGCAGAGCGAGCGCGACAGGCCGAGGAGGAGGCACAGAGACAGGCUUCUCUGCUGCAGGAGGCGCUGGAGAGCUUAAGGAGUGGAGACAAUCCCCAUCUAGCGCUGCACCAACUGCAGCUACUACACAGACUACCGUUGGAGUCGGUCCUCAGUUUGCAGGCUCAGCUGUGUAGCUGUUUACAUGCUGUGGAGCAGGUGGUUUACAGGAAACAGAGACAGUGCUGCGUGACGUGUGGGGAGCCCGGCUCGGUGUCCCUGUCCUGUGGUCACGGUCUACAGUGUGAGACCUGCUCCACGUCUACAGAGUGCCCACUCUGCCCUGAACAGACCCUGGAGCAGCCACUCUCUUGACCUCACAACACCAGUAGGACCAUCACAGAUUCCAGACCAGUCCCCUCCCCCUCUGAUUCAAUAGAUACCAGCCUUGGAUCUCAACCGCCGCUCAGAGUUGUGGCGAGGUCAUUUUAUAACGCGGUAACAACACUAGCACUGAUCUGUUUUUUUUGUAUUUUUAAGAUGAUGUUUACUGAUGAGUGAGCGGUUUAAUGAGAGACGAAGUGAACGCUCUUAACGUGGAGUUUAGGAUCAAUAAUUUUUUCCAGCGUACGAAUGACAUUUUACAAGAUCUUGCUCUUGACCAGCAGCACUGUUCUUUACCCCGUAUUCUCUAUCGAUGAAAAUCUAUCUAACUAUGAAACAUCUAUAUCCACAGUUCUUAAUAAUGUUUCCAUGUUUCAAUUAGAGGUUUGAUCGUAAGACCACGAGUUCCUGAAGUGUCAUUUUAUCCAUCUGGAAAGUUUCAGGUCAGGCAGGUGACAUUCACUGUUUGCACUUCUACCUAUGAAAAGUAUUGCACUAUUAUUCACUUAUCACCCACAUAAUCAUGACACAACAUGCAGAUCUUUUGGAGUUCUUUAGCGACCUCAUGGCUUUGAUCCAAGUCCAACGUUAACCCACAUGGCAGCAGUAUUAAACACAUGGGGAUUCAGGUGAAGUAUAGAGAGAUGAAAGUGAGCUUGGAGGAGAUACAUGUUGGAAAGGAAAACACGUAUCAGAGGGUAGCUUAAAAGAAACAAAGCGACUUUUUUAGAAACAGAGUUUUAAGCAGGCACUUACGGAUAUGUUGAAACAGAGGCAGUGAAAAUUUGUAUCUGACGGCCGAGGAUGAGAGCAGGUUGGAAAUGUGUAGGAUUCAGAACAAAACAAAUUGUGAAUGACUUCUUCUAAGCUACAGUACAAACAGGAGAAUGAGGAGAAGUCGCUCAGUGUGAUUUGUCUGAGGUCUGAAGAUGUCUGCGGUCUCCCUCCACCAACAGAGUUUUGGAACUCCAAGCUCUAAAUAGUUUUAUAUAAAUGUCAGACCUCUUCUCAGAAAUCAAGACAAUGACUCAUGAUGAACCAAAGUCUUCUUAUUCCACAGUUUAGAAAAGUUCUUAAAACAAUCAGUUAAACUUAAAUUCUAAGUCAUUAAACUCGCUAUAUCAUAGAGUAUAAACUAUAUGAACACUCAAGAAUAAUGCAGUAAUAUUAUACAGAGCUGAACGUGAAACAACAAUAUUCUCAGUAACUGAGGUAUUACUAUGUGAUGCUUGAACUGUUUCCCACUCUGAUACGAUACCAGCAAAAAUCUAAUGUUAAGGACGCCGGGUUUUCACCACGGCAGCACAAAAGGAAGUCCUGGGCGCCUAAAGUUUGGGAAUAUCUUUGAUCCAAAAUGACAUUCAAACUCAGUGUCUUCAGUUGUCCCUGAAUAACGGGUAGAAAUCGAGGUUGGAAAUGAACAUUUGCGCCUCCCAGUCACUCAUUAUUUUACCUGCCACUUCAUUUGAACCAUCAGCAUUAUGUAAUGAUAUCAAACCAAGGCUUACAGUAUUUAAUUUACAGGCUGUUUUAUGAAGGGAGAUGUUUCAGCUGAUACUGACAUGCUGUUUGUCUCGCUCACAAAAAUCAAACAAAAGUUUAACUUGUUUAUUAUUUCUGAGGCUGGUAAGAGUUUCUGUUGCAGCCAUGUUCUUAAAGGCUAACUCAUUUCGCGGAUUGAGCUGCAAGUUCACCCGUCACUUAAAAAAAAACAAAAAAAACACCCGUAUUUGACGUCUGAAAGGUGCUAAUUUCCAACCCUGGGAUAAACUCCCCUAGUAUUACUUCUCAAAUAUCACUCAUAAUCUUUUUCAAUCGUCGUGUGACUUUGAAUGCACCAUGCAGCUCUUUGUUCACGACCACUUAAACAUUACAAAUAUGACAGAAGAGAUGAAUUUUCUUUUAUAGCUUUGGUACUUUUUGAUACUAUCAAUCGUGUGAUAAUGCCGAUUGAAUCGUUUUAAAACUUGUGGUAUUGAAAAAUAUCCCCAAAAAGAAAAUCUUAGUACCAUGAGUUAUUGCUGUCUGAUUUCUGGAAGAGGGCGAGGAUCUUCAAACUUUCCAGAUGGAUAGAUGACACAGCAGCUUUCUUUUCAUCUUUAACUUUCUUAAGGUUUAAUGAGCCGAUCGCAUUCAACGGGUCUUGACUGAAAACUAUUAGUUUCAUCAAAACAAUAAACCUGUGUUGCUUCUACAGCUCCAAACAUACCAGCCUGCUGGUAGCGCUCGCCUAGAUUAUAUAUCACUUUUUUUUUUUAUAGCAAGAGAAAUUAAAAAAAUUCAUUUACUGUUGAAUAAUAACAGAAAAGUAUUUAAAAUGAAGUAAUUUUGAUAAAAAAGUUACAACAGAUGGUAUCUGUUAAAGCUCUCAGGUGUUCUCUAAUAUUCUUCCACAUAAACUGGAAGAGGAAAAAGCAUGUUAACACAAUCAAAGAUAAUGUACUCAGUUCAACUUGUGUAGUCUUUCAAAUGACUUUUUUUUUUUCUUUCUUUCUUUUCUGAAACACUUUUUCAUGUUAACUCAAACACGCAGCCCAUUUACUUUAUUUGAAAUCAAUGUGUGAAAGGUUUCUCUGCCAUCAUUUCUUUUUAUUUUUUUUGACAGUUGUAGUAGACUUUAACAUUUCAGUGUGUCAGACGGAACAUCA